UGUCCAUUCUUUGUGUCUUAACGUAUGUUUCCAUCUCCCUCAGUCUGCUUUCAGGCCUCACACGCACAUCUCUGCCAUAUUCAAGUGUCAGAACCUGGGGAAGCUCACCACGGUGCAGCUGGGUCACGAUAAUGCCGGCCUCCUGGCUAAAUGGUUGGUGGACUGUGUGAUGGUGCGGAACGAGAUCACAGGACACACCUACAGGUUCCCCUGCGGUCGAUGGCUCGGUAAGGGUGUGGAUGACGGCAGCCUGGAAAGGGUCCUAAUCGGGGAAUUAGUGUUGCCCAGCGGAGAGGAUGAUUCUGCAAGGGCCUGCCGUACACCCCCGCUACAGCGUUCACCUUCCCAGGGCAGACGCAUCAGCAUCACAUCGCUCACCGGACGAGAUACCAAGCUGAACUCAGCACAAAUCCAAGAGGGGAUUGGGGAGGCAGUGAACAACAUCAUCAAACACUUCCACAAACCAGAGAAAGAGAGAGGCAGUCUGACUGUUCUGCUGUGCGGCGAGAAUAGCUUGGUCGCGGCUCUGGAACAGUUCUUCCAUCACGGCUUCAAAUCUGCCAGGCUCUUCCAGAAGACUGUGUUUGUGUGGGACUUUGUGGAGAAGGCUGUUGCCUACAUGGAGUCAGCUGACCAGGUGGGAGACCUUCAGGAGACCACUGAGGCCAUGAAGAUGACCUGUCAGUCACUCUGUCAUUACUUCAAUGCGAUCAACUCCACCUCCAGAAACAUCGGCAAGGACGGAAAGUUCCAGUUGUUAGUCUGCCUCGGAGCCAGAGACCGCCUGCUGCCCCAGUGGCUCCCCCUGCUCGUGGAAUGUCCAGUGAUCCUGCAGAUGUAUGAGGACACAGCAAUGCUCAGAGACCCUUCCACUCUCAAUACCCUUAUUAGCGUCCUUGAGGCUCUGCACGACUUCUCCAUCACACUGGAAGCCUCGCUGGUCAAAGGCAUCAACCUUUAGCUCCACAGGACUCUGGUUAAUUUUCUGUCCUCCUCUUCAGUUCACUCUGUCCGUCUAACUGUUAGCUCCUUGGCCUUGUGAUUAGAUGGAUGAUAAGGUUUGGAGGACAUUAAAUUGAAAGGACAAUUUGGAAACCAAAGCAAUAAGUUCCACAUGUUCUCAUGUUGCUUGAUUCUUCAUGGGAGACGUUAAAAUUUGUGGGUGACCCAUGAGCUUGGAUGCAGUAUUUCCACUCUUCCUGUGAAUUUCAAAGACUAUUUAAACAAAAGGUCAGACCAAGGAUCUGUAGUUUUUUACUUGAUGAACUAAUGCUGUUCAUCACAGUGCACAGGUUUCUGCAGACAUAUCAGCUUUUAGAAGCACUUCCUGCCUUCCAUGUAUUUGUUAUUUCAGUACACUUGGAAAAUGACUGUUUGGCCUCCUGCUCACAUGAAACUCAAGCUGCAAGUCAAAAAUCUGUUCCAAAAAGACUUUUGCAAAGCAGUUAUUCACUGUCACGUUUGAGGGAACUACUUUUUUAUAUUCCCAAAAACUGUUCAUCUGGACGUAGCGGUGGCCAAGCGUACGACUGAAGAAGUCACUUGGAUGAGUGACGAAGCGUCCAGAUGAACAGAAUCCACUUUUUGGGAUUUCCUUACCUUGAUGAUUGAGCAUGGAAAUACUUUCUAUAUUGUUUUUGCUUUAAGGUCUUUUCUAGGCUGCAGGAUUGUCGUUGCUGAUAUGAAUCACAGCAUCUUUCUGCCUUAUUGAUUCUCUUAGUGUACUGAAAUAUGGCUGCUUGGAAGAAAAACAAAAAAUUGAGUGCAUGCUGAAAUGACAGCAUAGAGACAUAGCUGUAGCAGCAGACAUGUAACAGCUGUGUGUAGCAUAGCCCCCUUCAGUUGGUACGAGUAGAUGCAUUAUCUUACCUGUAACUGUUGGUUAUAGUAGCAUCAACCUAACUGUUGUUAGCGUGAGCAACAAUGCUUUUGUGCACGGAAAGAGUACGAUGCCAUGAAGAGACUGAGGGAUCACUGACACAAUGACAGACCCAGUGUUAAGAGUUUAACCUGUGGCUAACAUUCCUACCUACAUUAUACAUCUAUGUCUCGCUUCACAGAUGUGCGCAUGUAAGAUCAGGUUUUAAGGCUGUGUGCCUUACAAACACAAUUACACCAUCUGCCUACACACAAAUUCAUGUAGGAUUUCUUGCCAGUUUCAACAACUAAAUAACAGCUAAACUGUAACAUACAGGCUCAUCUAAGAAUGCAAAAUGAAUUUCAGCUGAUUUAUGCCUUUUCCUUGAAACCAGUGUGUGUGGGCCAAAAGUGUGAACUCCUACACUAUGGAGAUACCUGACACAUUAACAAUAUACGACAGAAAUGAAUUCAAGUAUAACAUUAAUGAAUUAAAGUCCUGGCAGUUAUUAAACUUUUCCACAAAACGGUUCUUUCAAAAACAAUAAUCAGUAUACACAGUUCAGCUUUUUACUGCAUUCAUAUCAAACAUCAGGAAUAAGCUGAAACUGUAGAACGUUUACUUCACAAAAUGACGUUUCUAUAAACAAGACUGAAUGUAAUAGCACCCAUUUGUCACCAAUUAGCAUAGGAAGCGAGAAGUAGCAGGUUUAUGGUCUUAACAACUUUCAUGCUUGUGUGUGUGCCAUGAUUCCCGUAAAGUCCCACUUCAAGCCAGUCACAGGUUACGUUUUUAGUCCCUGUGUAACAGCCGCAGUAGCACUGGCUGUUUAUACACUGUUUAAAAUCUAGAUUUUAUUUUUUGUAAUAAAGCAAACUAGCCUAUGCUAAGCUAAAUGUUCUUUAAUUGUUUAAAGGGGUUUUUAUGUAAACUGCAGACUUGGCAUAAAUGGAUGAAUUUCACAAUUAGAAUCGUUAACCUUGUUUUCUGUGGUCCAUAAAUGUGUGAUGAAGGGACGCGCCAUAUUUGUGUUUCACCUCUAAAUGCGCUCAAAAUGUAAAUAUGUUUGGCAGCAGAGAGUAAAAUGUUUGGAAAUGUGUAUCUUGGACAGAUGUCCUAUCUUUGAACUUUUGCAGCAUUAGCAGUUUUGUGUUGCCUGUUGCUAAAUGGAUACUUUCUGGUGUACAUAUUGUCAACGCACGCUGUCAUUUAAGCCUCAGCUGUAUUCAUGUGGCACUCUAAUGGAUUACAAAUAGCAGGGGAGUUUAUCUGCUUUGUUACGACAAAAUGUGGACACGGUUGCAUUUCUGCUGUUUCCAGAACGGAGUAUGUGAUGGGCAACACAUCCUGCCUUCCUGUGUUUUUAAUUUAUAUUGACUUUGACUGGCUGACAGCAGCACUGGUGUUUUAUGGUGGACAAACCUGUGGAGUAAGUCGAUGCGUCCUAAGCACCUUUAAAGUAGCCACUAUUUCUCCUUCAUGUGCCCCUGCUGAUUAACCUGUGGGACUAUUGACAGCUCCAAAGCACAGACAUGGAUUCCUCCACCGCUUCCUGGACGUCUUUAUGUACGGACUAUUUUUCUGGCAGCACCAGAAACGACGUGUGGAAGACCAUCCACCCUAGUAGUCACACUUCAUGCCAGCGUUGGGACUGACUGCUCUCUACUGAUAUUUAUUGUUCCUCAAUAAAACACCGAAGUCUAA